AUGGAACGAUUCGGUGCUGCAAUUGCUGACCCGCCCGAUCCAAGCAUAGAGGUGAACCACGCUGCCCCGGCGAAGGCCGGAGUGUCAUGGCUCCUAGAGAGGAGGGCAACGCGUGAGGCUGGCUUCACAGAGCAGCGAGAACCUCCCGCUCCAUGCGGUGGAUGGAUAACGGGUCGGAGCACACUUACUCCAACAUUGCCUGACGGAUCGACACCAAUUGAACCAUCACCUUUUGGCCUACCCAAUAAUCUUCUGCAAAACCCUAGGGAACCUGUCAAAAACCAUGUAUUGCUCUGUGUAGUUGAAGUUCUUGACAAAAACCGAGAGGUGGAUUGCGGAAUUGAAGAAUCUUGGGUCAUAGCUAUGGUCACUGGUGAAAUAUUGGAGAUUAUUGUUGCAGAAGCGGAGGCACUUGUGUUUAAGCUCUUCAUUUUUCUUGAUUCAGGAUGCUCUAGCUUACAGUUCUGCUAUCCAUUGGUCCGGCUGAAAAUGCUUGAAGAUGAAAGGAAACUACUUGAUUAG